CCAGCUUGGUUGGUUGGUUGGGGUCUACCUCCCUUGGCGAAAGGGCCAUGCGCCGGGCACUGCAAGUGCGGCAACUCUUCUCCGGCAACCCGUCGUCGCAUUCUGCCGCCUUCGCUGCCAGGGAUAUGACCAUGUGACACGGCUCUCCUCCACAACCUUAGGAUACUGGGAUUUGCGAUGACGGCCGCCAAAGGCACCACCCUCAUUUUUGCUGUCACCAUCCUCAUACUCUGUUGCACAUGCACAAACGCCAAUGAAAAGCAACCGGGGAAAGUAAAUUUCCGCGAAAAGGAAAAACAAGUGCUGGACCAGAUUUUGGGUCCAGGUCGCUACGACGCCAGAAUCAGACCCUCUGGGGUCAACGGAACAGCUGUAGGUGAUGAAAAUAAACCCACGGUUGUGUGGAUCAAUUUCUUUCUACGCUCCAUCAGCAAAAUAGAUGAUUAUAAAAUGGAAUACAGCGUCCAGUUGACCUUCCGAGAACAGUGGCUCGAUGAGCGACUCAAAUUCAAUGAUUUUGGAGGGAAAAUAAAAUAUUUAACGUUGACUGAGGCAAAUAGGGUAUGGAUGCCCGAUUUGUUCUUCUCCAACGAAAAAGAGGGCCACUUCCAUAACAUCAUCAUGCCCAACGUUUACAUCCGCAUCUUCCCAUAUGGAUCGGUGCUGUACAGUAUUCGAAUAUCUUUGACGCUUUCCUGCCCAAUGAAUUUGAAACUGUACCCACUUGACAGACAAAUAUGCUCACUGCGAAUGGCCAGCUACGGAUGGACCACGGACGACUUGGUAUUUUUGUGGAAAGACGGCGACCCCGUGCAAGUGGUGAAAAACCUUCAUCUACCACGUUUCACUCUUGAGAAAUUCCUCACAGAUUACUGCAACAGCAAAACCAACACUGGCGAGUACAGUUGUUUGAAAGUGGAUUUGCUGUUCAAACGCGAAUUCUCGUACUACCUGAUUCAAAUUUACAUCCCCUGCUGCAUGUUGGUCAUCGUUUCGUGGGUCAGCUUUUGGCUGGACCAGGGCGCAGUGCCGGCCAGAGUGUCGCUCGGGGUCACCACCCUGCUGACGAUGGCCACUCAGACCUCAGGUAUCAACGCGUCGCUACCGCCAGUCUCGUACACCAAGGCUAUUGACGUGUGGACGGGCGUGUGUUUGACUUUUGUAUUCGGGGCGCUGCUAGAAUUUGCACUGGUCAACUACGCCUCUCGGUCAGACAUGCACAGGGAGAACAUGAAGAAGCAGAGGAGGCAGCAAUACGAAUCCGAGCACGCACUUGAGUUUGAAUUUCAGCCCCUUGUGCGGCACCCCGGCGACCCGAUGGCGAUUGAGAAGCUGCGCCCCUGCGAGAUCCACGUGCCGGCCAAGAGGGAGAACUGCUGCCGCACGUGGCUGUCCAAGUUCCCGACGCGCUCAAAGCGCAUCGACGUCAUCUCGCGAAUCACCUUCCCGCUUGUGUUUGCCCUUUUCAACCUGGUCUACUGGUCAACCUAUCUCUUCCGAAACGAGGGCGAGGAGACGUAGACAAAAACUGCACCAAAGCAAUACUCGCUCACACACACACGCAAACAAGGAAGGAAGAAUCGAGGUUCUUGUGCCGUGGAUAUGCAAGAGUAUUAGCACCGUGAACAUUUUCUGAACUUCAAGACCAUGAGUUUCUUUAAUAGAUUUGAUAGGUGUAGCACAUACCCUAUUUUAGUCCUUUCAUUGAGAUCAAAGAAUAAAUUUUAGAAUUUAUAUAAUCAGAAUGCGUGUUGCAAAAGCGUUCUUGGAGAUCACUUCGUUCCCCAUACUAGAAUUUGCAUUUGUUUCGGAAACAAUUUUUUAGGCAAUUUCAUUUGUCAGAUCUUCUAAGGCGCUCUAGCGUGUGGCCAAACACGUGCUCAAUAUUAUGUAUCAAAUCGAAGCCAAACCGAAAAACAGGCGAGAAAAAAAUAAUCAUUGAUUUUUAAAAGACAACCAAUCUUCGUGAAAUUAGCACUUCAUACCAAAAAGGAUAAAACAAAGUAAUGCCACUUUUGUAUGAAAAAAAUUCAACACACUUUAUGUGAAUAAGUGUAACACAUCGUCAACUGCAUGUUUGUACAGUUGUCUCGCGCUGAAUACUUCAAUUAUUAAUUGUUGAGCAGACACGAUAUAUUUAAAUUAUUAUUGAGGAUCAAUUUGUACUAUCGAUAAGAGACGUCAUGCUUUUCUUCUGGUAGAACGCAGAUUAUAAUUAUGAGAACGCACCUUGUAACCUGGAUAAUCAUCGAUUAUAAUUUUUCACGUACCUCGAGUAACGUAAUAUUAGAGCGUCCGACGUGGUUUUUCAAAAUCAUUUUAUACACACCAAUCUCUACUCUCUGCGAAUGCAUGAAUUUUUGGACCCACCUGUGAUGAGCUAGAGUAAGGCCGUGUGUCGCAACCGGCAGGCUACAAAUUUUUAAACACGAGGAAAAUUAUUCCAGGAUAAAUACACAACCGAGACAGAAAUUUCCUUUGUAAGAUAAAUACUUGAAUGUUAGGGUUAUGGUUAAUUCAUUUCCCCAAAGCUAUAUAAAUGUCCCCGAUGGUUAAUUGUCAAUUGAGUCGAGGGAUGAUUUUGUUGAAUUUUCUAUCAAACGCGCAGUUCUCGAGCGAAAAACCGAUUCUUGCCCAAGAAGUAAGACAAGUGGUGCAAAGAAAUGAUCUCCGCGAGCAGAGAUAAAUUAUAUUCUACGAUAAGACGUCAAUGAUUCAACUGUUAAUUCAACGUCAUCACUGGUUGAUAGAUCCAUUAUUAUGAUUAAUUAUUAAUUGGUUAUUGCUUGUGAAAAUAUGUAUAUCUGUUGUUGGUGCAAAUAAAAAGUAUUAAAAAAAUAUAAUGUAAUAAAAAUAUGAAGAUCAAAAA